GAGAUGAAAACACCGUGGGGAUCCACUCCGCGUUGUCGCUCCCACCAUGAAGGUAUACAUGGCGUGUAUUCUCGUGACGUUGCUACUAGCUUUAACGCUGGUAGAGGCACGGUCAAAGAGAGGUCAUCGUCUGACAAAACGUUCAGGAGAAUUCCUUCAUGGCAUUACUCCAGAGAAAUUUCAUUCUUGUUUUUUCAACGCUACUGAGUGCAUUAACGCCUUCAGCAAAAGUGAGAGGAUUGCUUGUAGGGAGGCGACCUUGAAGUGCCUGGAACGCAAUAGUGCAAGGGAACUACUUCGUGAUAUUCUUCUAACCGACGAGCCACAAUAUAGUAAUAAAACACCAGAACAGGCACAGCCGUGGGUAAGUGGAGAGAAAAUGUCUUUCCGACGCUCGUGAGUGCCUUAUGAACGCCAGCAGCGUCAAGGAGAAGUCUACCUGUAAGGAUGCGGGCUUGGAGUGUGUCCAGGAAGUCUACAAAACAUAAAAUGAAGUCGCUCCAACCGACGCAACACAGAAUAGAAUAGCUCCGACUGAUAAACCACACAAACCUGUUUUUGAUAAAGCAUUGUCGCUUCAUUUGUGUCUGUCCCGCAACCUGUCUUUAUUUACUGUAAUUUAUUGUAAUUUGUAAAACAAGACGACAUUCUUUAUUAAUAAAUUAAAUAAGAAAUUUACAGUUCAAGACUA